CUCAAACAUAGCAGGCUGUUCUUUUUGACCUGCCAUAAUUUCCCCAAUAUUUGGUGCCGAAACCCGGGUGAAACGAUCCAACUUACCAUUGAGGCAACGAGGUCAACAGACGUGGACAGCACAACGAGCUCGGGGAAAACCAGCAACGAUCCUCGGGCACAAAACGGUCGACGAGGCGCGCCUUCCACAAGGCCUGGGACGCCACACCCAGCAGAAACGGAGACUACGACUCAAGCCCCAUAGCGAUACAGCAAGCGCCGGUCAACUUCCUUGCGGAUUUUGUUUUCCUUUUUUUUUUUACAGGAGCCCAACAUCGGUGUCACUUCAUUCGUCAACGCCACUAAUAGCCCGUGCCUCCGUCAACAAGCUAUAUGACGCCAUGUUCGUGUUUUGGUCGCAGGCUUUUUAACCCCGACAGAAGUUUUAAUCCCAACAAGACGCACCUGCACGCCGACAUACCUGAAUUUGAGCCCGCCACCUAAAUUACCACUGAGAUACCAGAUAGACUUCAGUGACUGCAGGCUGAAGCAUUACUGGAGGCUAACAGCGGUUCCUAGUAGCGUUGCUACGUACUUCUGUGGCCGCGUGGGCGCAUAGGGGUAACUGAAGGCUUUCAACUAUUUUGACGAAAAAGUACCAUCCUCCUGCCACCCCCUUUCAUGUUUGCUGAUCUUCCCCGCUUUGAAUUUACUAUAAAAUUAUAUUUUACCCUCGACAUAAGGCAACUAAGUGUUCCACAAGAAGGCCAACGUGACCUGACUAAACGCUGUAGGGGUGUGCAGAAGUAAGCCUUUAUAGACUUCAGAAGUCAUGACUACAAUGAAGGAGUCGUUGUUAUUGCUAUGUAUAAUGAGGAGCUAUUACCACCGUGACAGGAAUUUGCACUUCAGUCCAAGUCCACAUCUCAUUACACCAUCAAUCGUUUAUUGUACUCAUAUGCCGAGCCUGCUUAUUAUGUGUGGCGACGUGGAACUAAAUCCCGGUCCUCCAAAACCGGAUGCGACAAAGACUAACGCUGCGGUAGUUGCCGCAAUUGAAUCUCUCGCCAGCAACCUAGAAUCGCGUCAUGCACAGCUGAUGUCGACGCUCGACGCAGUCAUGGCAAGUCAAAGAAACCUCGAGAAUCAAGUAUCCGACAUCAGCUCCAGAUUGGCAGCCGUCGAAAUGAAGGUGAACGCACGCGAAGGGGUUCGUGAUCAUCUCGAAGGUGAUCGCCUUGCUUCCGAUGACACGUUCAGAAGAGAAAGCCCAGCGCCUCAGCGGCAAUUCGAUGAUCAAGAGGAUAGGUUUCGCAAGGACAACUUGAUUAUCUAUGGUGUUCGGGACAGCUCGACCGAAACGUGGUCGCAGACUGAGCAGAAGGUGCGAUCUCUUCUUUCGGACCAUUUGUCCGUACAACUUUCUCAGAAAGAUAUCUUGCGGGCACGUAGAAUAGGUACUUUUGUUGACAACAGAUGUCGCCUGAUCGUCGUUAAGUUUUCUUCACUUGACGUCAGAACCAGUAUUCUCUCGCAGAGAUCAAAACUGAAAGGCACUGGAAUCAACCUACAGGAGGACUUCUCCAAGCCUAUAAGGCAAGCACGAAAGAAGCUUUUCGAUUUUGGCAAAGCCAGGGGACAACCUUUCAAUUUGCAUUACAACAAACUUUACACCAACGGGAAAUGUUACGUGUACUGCGCUGAAGCAGACACCGUACGUGAAGUGGAGCCGCAUAGCGCAGCUGUCAGCGCUGCUGAAACAGUAACGCCUUCAACUGUCACCACUGAGCGCGCCAUAACAGCACCAGCAAGAGACUACACUAUUCUAUUCACAAACAUAAGGAGCGUCUUCAACAAACGUCACGCACUAUCGUCCUUAAUUGACACCUGCUUGGCAGAUGCGGUCGUGCUAACGGAAACGUGGCUGUCGGAAAAAGUAGACAACUGCGACCUGUUCAUGUGCGAGAAGAACUACACCGUCUACAGACAUGACCGCUGCGGGCGCUCUGGCGGAGGAAUACUGACGGCCGUAUCUCGCGACAUUGCCUCUUUCGAGGUUCCAAUUCCAUCUCCCCUUGAAUUUCUUUGCACCUGCAUUCGCGUAAAUGAAGCGGAGGCGAUAUUUUGCGUCUGUUACCGAGCGCCCAGCGCAGCGACGUCUUUUUGUGACGACCUGUACGAUUGUCUCACCAAAGUUGUGGGCAGGUAUCCCAAGGCUCCAAUUUUUCUUCUGGGGGACUUCAACUUUCCUGGCAUCUUGUGGGACGAUCCGUGUCCCGUUGUGACUUCAGGCUCGUCGGAGUGCUUGACCUUCGUCGACAUGUGCGCAGCGUUUAAUCUUUGCCAGCUCGUAAAAGAACCCACUCGCGUCACGGCGUCGUCGGCGAACGUGCUGGACCUGGUACUGACCACUGCGCCUGCGUCCGUUUCGUCCCUGACUUUACUACCGGGACUAAGUGACCACGCCGUCAUCCAUUUCACUAUAUCGCCGCGUUAAUUUUUCGGUUGGGCCAGUGCAUGCUGAUGUAAACUUCUACCAAGUCUAUUUUUGUUUCCAUCACUGACGGCCCUGCCAAGCCUGUACUGAAGGACUGCCGCACAUCCCGAUUUCUUAAAGUGCGUUCGUCUCGCAUAGCUCCACCUUUCAAAGGUAAGCUUUCUUUGUCUCUUUCCUCAAUCUUUUGGGCACUGGCUGCUGGGUUUGUGUUGAACAGUGGACGCAAGCCCGUUCGUUACCUGCUACCAACUUACCAACUAUACCACAACAGAAGCAGCCGAGUGGUUCAGUUGUAAUGCAUCAAAACACGUCACCAACAACUGGGGACCACAGCAUGCAUUGAGUGUGGUAGAGACAGAGUUCCGAAAGAAGCGCCCAGUGGAACGAGAACAUUUUCGUUAUGUUGCGAAGCAUGAUGCAGAACGCGGGCGUGUGCUGACUCGUAAACAUGAGACAAGAAAACGACGCUUGGCGGCCAUGAUCAGCAAGAAGCCUAAUGGACAUUACAGCGGGAAGCUGAAAGUGGAACAAUGACACGUGGCGACCAUGGACAUCGUAGCGAGUAUCGUUUCUCUCCCUGAGCUUCAAUCUGUAUACACUCGGGUCAGUAAUCUCUGACUACAACAGCCACGACGACGAGACGACUUCGUUGGUGUUCACCAGAGUCUUUACCGUCUUCAUGCGAAAACCGGAAAGCCGGUAGUUACCGUCCUCCAUCUAAGACGUCUUCGCUGCACGUGUUGUCAUCUGUCACCCUAGCCCUUCGCCGGUGCUUACGAAGAAAACUGGUUGCAUGAUUAACCACCUGAUUGCUAAGGGCUUCGAGACGUUGUUACAUCUCGUGCUUCUCGACGCAUGUGCUGCUUCUCAGCGUUGUGACAGUAGUACCAACAAGAAGAUAGCACAAAACGGUGGUUUGGUCUGUACAAGGCCUCCAUUCAUUACACGUCGCCCGUGAAACUGUGUGAAAUGGUGCAAGUCGAAGUCGCCUCGGCGAUCGCGAAUACUGGAAUUUCUAUAGACGAUGCAUAACGGGAAGAAACUCUUCUAAGUGGUGGUGUAAUGGGCAGUGCAAAAGACGAACGAACAUAUGCGUUUGCAUCUAAUAAACUUAGUGUUAGUAAACCGCUUUGAAACGGACAACACAUCUACAUCGAAACAUUUGCAUCAUUACGUUAUAUUUCCACAAUAUAUGUACCGUCUGUUAUAUCUGUAUUUCAUAUACCAUGUGUCCCACGUAGCUUGCGCCAAAACUUAAAAAUAUGUGAGUACCACCUAGCUAGACAGAACCAACGUAAUGUUAAUUAUUUGUCGUUGCUUGGAGCAAGUCUGACUAUUUUUUGUAUUUGCCUAAUUGCAUAACUAGUUAUUAUUAAUGAAUCAACUGCCCAAAUAUAUAUUCAGAGCAAAAGUGUAAAUGAGAAAAUUGUACACCAUCCUGAAAAAGUGGCAGUUUCGCCCGAAAGGCGCAACAUCGAUUGCAAUUGUAAAUUAGUAUACAGCUACAUAAAGUAAGGAGAGUAGUUUUAUCAGCCGUAUAAACGCGUAAACACCUUCGUGCUGCCUAUCGCUUCAACGCAAACUGAGCGGCGAGAACACAGCGCACACGCAGCUGUGAGCCAUAGGUGCAUCUAGACUCUGUCCCCAUCGCAAGUCACUUUUACGAUAGAACCCGCGCGGCCGCGCCAUAUGCGGUUGCCGCCGGGGUAGAACUUCCUCCCUCUCUCCGGUGCCUUGCGCGCGACCGAAGACGGUGCGCUUCCUCCCCGUUUUCUUUCCUUGCGCGUGCGAGAUUGAACCACCAUCGUCAGCUCACUCUCACGUGUUUUCACGCACACACACAGUAUAUGGCGCGCGGCGACGAUGUUAUCGCCCUUGGACUUUAUGCGGAACAGCACGGCGACAUCGACGCUCACGGCGAAGGCAAGAAUGCGCCUGGAGUAUACAUAUAAUUGCUAUCGCAAUGAAAUUCCCGAUCCGGCUUUCUGUUGUUCGAUACGUGCGACAUAAAAGUUUAUUCCAAGCCUGAAAGAAAAUACGCAACAUAUGAAGAAGUGCCGCGCGAGUCACGUAAAACCUUUUUUUGUAUUUCGAGAACUUUAGGAACAGGUUACGUGGGACACCCAGUAUGUUCAGUACGUUUUAUGUAUGUGUUACACGUGCAAAGGUAUUAGAGUUAUAUGAAAGAGUCUGUAUAGCAGUAUAAGUGUAAAACCCUAAAUCAUGUGACAGGGAGCACCAGCCUGCACCCCAUACAUGCGCCAAGACUUUUAUUUACGCGCAAGGGUACAUACUCCGUCUGUAAAAUAGGCGUUUUUGUGUUUGUCCUCAAGAGGGAAGCGAGCGCCGGAGAAGGAAAGCGCCUGGAGGUGGAGGUGAGAAUCACGCGCUUGUACCAGGUCGCACCAUCGAGAUCAAUUUAGCAUCCGCGACUGCGUUCGCGCCCUUUCCGUUUGUGCUUCGACGCCGCGGUGCUCCCUGUGCAUGAGCCUCAGGUCUGGCUGGUCCUGAUACGAUGAGCACGAGCGGCGGCGGCAGCCAUUGAGGCAUUGUACUAAGGGCCCCAACCACAUCAAUCUUUUCACUGUACAAUAAAGUUUCUUUUUCAUCUUCUU